UUUCAUAAUUUCACAAGUUAUACACUACCAUUCCCAUAUAAGCUACACACUAUCAUUGCCAUUAAGCGUAUAAAUGUAUUGUGUUGGGCAGUGAACAAAGGAAAAAGAAGCAGCAAAACCUAAUCGAAGACAUUCGCAUUCACCCCACGCGCACAAUGGACAGUGUAGUUGAUUCUCUGAACAAUGCCUAUCAAGAUUUUGUUGCUGCAGCAGCAAAUGUGCUAGAGGCCAAAGAAAAUGCUGGUUCCACUAAAACAACAGCAACUGAUACUGCUCUAGAAAACUUUAAGCAGAAAUGGGAAUUGUUUAGAGUAGCAUGCGAUCAAGCUGAGGAGUUUGUGGAGUCUGUGAAGCAAAGAAUAGGAUCCGAGUGUCUGGUGGAUGAGGCAACAAGGCCUGUGGCAGGAAAACCUGGACAAGCUACCAUGACCGGUCUUCCCCCCAUCAGUGCAGUUCGGUUGGAACAAAUGAGUAAAGCAGUUCGAUGGCUUGUGAUUGAGUUGCAGCAUGGCUCUGGAGCUAGUUCUGCUAAUUCAGCACUUUCCCAUCCCUCAGCUCCAUUUGAUGCCAGGUUUUCUGAAGAUGCUGCUCAGUAGCAUUAAUGUGACUGUGGUGGUGAUUAAUUAAUGUUAUAUAUUUCUCAUGCUGAUGGAGCUUAGACUAAACUGCUUUAGGCAUUUUAUACAAAAUUAUGUUUUAGCUUUAUGUUAAACUUUAAAUAAUGCAACUUAUGUGCAUUGUGCUUGGCACAACACAAUAAUCCUAAAUUUUAUGUUGGGAAUAAUUAAUAUAUUUUAUCCAAAAAAUGACAAUCUGUAAGUUAUGCCUACUAAAUAUUCAUUAUGAAUUGAUUAACACUGCAAAAUGAUGUCAUGUCGUCAUAGUCUGCAAUUCCUAAACUGCAUUGGUACGAAGGCCACACACAAACUAGACGUUAUGAUGCAAAGAAAUUGAUAACAGAGGAUCAAUGAGGUCUUCAACAGUUUGUUUAAAUUAAUUACACUCCUAAAACAUUGUGAAUCACACACACUCGGUCAUGCAGUGCACACAAGCACACACACUCAAUCAACUAAAUAUGAAAUAAUUUCCUAUUGUUCACAUGGUGGCCUCCUGGGGGAUUGGAGACCGUAUUUACAGGGAAGAAUUGCACACUGGCCCACUGAAGACUAUAUUUUAAGUUGUCAAAACAAAUUGAGACUAGGAUUCAUGUAAGAUGUGUGUAGUCAACAAAUCCAUGUUCACCAUCUAGAAGAACCUUGAUGACUUUACUCUCUAUGUCUAGGUAGUGGCAAUAAUAAAGAGCAUAAAGGUAAGGCCUAGGAUGACAAGCUACCCAUUUAGGGGGUUAGAUAUCCUUUGAUAUUCCUAGAACAGUUUAGUUUUGCAAAGGACUUCUGAUGUUGUGGUUUUAAAUCCACAUGGAUCAAUCAUUUCUUUCACAUCUUUGCCUUGAGGAGAGUCUUCUCAGAGUAAGAAGAGAAAGGGAUGGAGUCAACUUAUUUUCCUGGGCAAGAAAGUUCUGAAUUCCAUUUUCUGAGCUUUAUAGUUUUCCUACCAUCCAAUCUCUUUGUAUUGUUCCGGCUCCUUUUCUGCUAGAAGUUUGGAAGAAAGAUCAGACGUUUCAAAGAAAACAAAGAAAGAUUUAGAUUUGCUUCUUGAAGCCUCAUUCUAUGCACCCUACUUGUCUUUUUGAUUCUACAAGAUUGUGAAGCUAGCAGGAUAGCUAGAAACAUCUGGGAGAGACUCAACUGAAGGAAGUAUCCUAUGAUUUGCAAAAGCUUGCAACAGAUGGUCAUGGUCAUGGUCUUGUAGUCUAUCUACCUAUCUAUGUAAUAUUUUAGGCUUUGUUUUUGACAGAUGUCAAUCUUUCCUUUAAUAUCUUUUACACUACUUCAAGGAUAUAUUAGUAAGUUUGUUAUUAAGAGUUGCGAAGGUAAACAUUUCCCUUCUCUCUCCCAAUGUUUGACCCAUUUUUAAGUAAUCGUUUCUCUCGGAAUUUUUUUCA